AUGGCCACAGUCUUUUUCGCCUCUGCCGUCGACGGCGUCGGCACGCAGAAUGCCCCCAAACAUCUCCACUUCUACAUGCACGACGGCUACACUGGCCCCAAACCCACCUCCGUUCUAGUCGUAAACGGGACUGGCCAGCCGCUGAAGGGCUCCGGCGGAGGCGCCCGCUUCGGCGACACAGUGGUCAUGGACGACCGCCUUACCGAGGGCCCUACGCUGGCGUCGAGAGUCGUCGGGCGCGCCCAGGGAUUCACCGUAACGGCGUCCCAGGGCGAUCCCGCAAUGAUCCUCGCCAUGAACGUGCUGCUCACCGACGGGCUUUACAACGGGAGCUCGCUGACCGUGAUGGGCCGCAACGACAUCGCGAUGCCGGAGAGGGAGCUGACGGUGGUCGGCGGGACCGGGGCUUUCAGGAUGGCCACCGGGUACGUACUCUGGAAAACCGCGAGCUGGCGCGGGAGGAACGCCGUCCUCGAGCUGGAUGCCUACGUCUACGUCAGUCCCGCCGCCGCCCGUGCAUGA